AUGGCAGUCAUGGCAAGCAUCGAUUAUGUCUUCAAGGUUGUGGAUUACGGGGUCCAGAAAGUAAGCCUUACGGCUACUGUGCAUUUGCCUAGAGAUACUACCUCAGUCAAGGCUAUUGCGCUGUAUUUCCACGGAGGCGGCUACAUCGUUGGUAGCCGGGCAAUGCUUCCGACUGCACAUAUCGAGGCUUUGAAGGAAAGGGGUUUCAUCGCCGUGUCUUCAGACUAUCGUCUCAGCCCCACCAUCUCCGUACUGAACGGCCCAGUCAACGAUUCAGUGGCCGCGUACGAAUGGGCUCAGAACGAGCUUCCCAAACUACUCGAGAGGGAUCAUGGCAUCCAAGUAAACGGCAGGAACAUUGUCACAUUGGGUCACUCUUGUGGUGGGGGCCUAGCGUUAUUGAUGGCUUCUCGCCCCAGCCCGCCCAAGGCCAUCCUUGAUCUAUUCGGGUUCAAAUACCUCCGUGAUCCCUUCUAUCACACUGGGACUAGCAUUAAACCAAAGCCUGGUGCACCCGCUCUGCCCUCCGCCGAAUUCAUCAAGCAGGUCUUUAACGAAAUCCCUCCGCCAAUCGCGGCGACCCCUCCGUUUGGUCCCAAGGGACUCGAUCUGAGCACACCACGCCAGGCCUACCUCGUCACGUCUGUUAGUAAGGGUGCCCAAUUUGAUCAAAUCAUUGCCGAGGACGAGUAUGAUCAUGUUGAUCCAGAGAAAUUAUUGAAGACACCCGGGUUCCCGCCCACAGUUUUCAUUCAGGGGACUGCAGAUGUCGUUGUUGACGCAAAGUUUUCUCAGUGGGCCUAUGGGGAAUUACUGAAGAAUGGGGUACAGUCUGAACUGUAUCUUGUAGAAGGUAUGACUCACGGCUUUGAUACUAGAUUGAAACGUGACGAUGCUACCUUUGAAUCCAUCGAGAAAGGCAUGGAUUUUCUGGCACAGCACGUUGUGGGUAGAGAAGGGACAUGA